AUGGCUUCUUUAACCUCUGCUUGGGCAACUGCAUCUCCUUCUGUGAAGCAACAUUCUUCUUCACAGACCAAAUCACUGUUGCCUGUAGCUUUCAAGCUGAUCACAAACCCAACUUUAAAUAAGAGCUCCAAGCUUUUCACUUCCUCGACAAACUACAACAGCUUCUCAGAACCCAAAACAUCUUUCACUUUCAAAAGUCACGCCACUCCAUCUAAUAAUAACUCAACACCCAGCAAAGUCCAAGAACUGUAUGUGUAUGAGAUAAACGAAAGAGAUCGUGGGAGUCCUGCUUAUCUAAGUUUGAGCCAGAAAUCUGUCAAGUCUCUUGGUGAUCUUGUCUGUUUUAGCAACAAACUGUAUACGGGGGAUAUGCAGAAACGGAUAGGAAUAACAUCGGGGAUGUGCAUUCUGGUCCAACACAAACCGGAGAAGAAUGGAGAGCGUUACGAGGCGUUGUCCAGCUUUUACUUCGGCGACUACGGUCACAUAACUGUGCAGGGACCUUACCUGACCUACGAGGAUUCGUAUCUGGCUGUGACUGGUGGGACAGGGAUCUUCCUUGGGGUCAUUGGCCGGGUUAGGCUGCACCAAAUUCUGUUCCCUCUCAAACUCUACCAUACCUUCUACUUGGAGGGCAUUGCGGACCUCCCCGAGGAGCUGCUUGGCAAGUCUGUUGAGCCCAACCUAGAAGUGGAGCCCAGCCCUGCUGCACAGGCCUGUGAACCCCAUGCCACCAUUGCUAAUUUCACUGAAUAAUUAUGUUA